AUAUCAACAUCACAUUUGCUCGGAAGCGAAGUGAAUCUGUUUUCCGUCAACAAGAUUAAAGUAAAGUGGACUAUGGCAGAGUUACUGCAGAUGCUUGUGAGGCUGGGAGAGAAGGCAGGGAACUUGGCCCGCAUCAUCCGAGCUGAGAAGACUCUUUUUGAGCUGCUGGUGGAGGAAAAGACGGGUGAAGCUAAGAACAAGAGAUUCGUUCAUGAUUUCAAGACGCUCGGGGAUGUCCUCAUCCAGGAGAUGAUCAAGCAUGAUGUAGGAGAAAAGUUCCCAGGUAUGAGGGACCACAUCUUAGGAGAGGAAAGCAACAUGUUUACCAACACCGCCGGUGAGAGCGUCGAGGUCACCAUCCAAUCGACCCCUGAAGAAACCAAGCUCCUCCUGACCAAGGUACUGGAUGAGAACCAGGAAGCUGCAGCCCUGCUGGCAGAGGCCCUGCACGCGACCCCUGAUACGGUGCUGGAUUCACGGCUCCAAGAUCUGAACUUUGACCUUGAUAUGGAUAGUAUAGGAAUCUGGAUCGAUCCAAUAGAUAGCACAUCAGAGUACAUCAAGGGUAUUGAGGAUGAAGAGCCAAAGAGUGGUGUAUAUUGGCAUGGACUCCAGUGUGCUGUAAUCCUGAUAGGUGCCUUUCAUCGCGAGACAGGAUCACCAGUCUUGGGUGUCGUAAAUCAGCCUUUUUCUAAGCAGGAUCCAGAAUCGAAGAGUUGGACAGGCCAUUCCUUCUGGGGUGUAAGCCAUGGAGACUUCCAUUGCAACUCUCUCCUCUCCUCCCAGGGCAGCUCUACCACCCCUAUAUCUAGAAAUGGACUAGCCUUCACCAUGAGUGCAAGUGAGGAAGCCCACACGAAGGAUGCAUUUUCAUCUCUCGGAAGAGUCCACUUUGCCAGUGGUGCAGGGUACAAGAUCUUAUGUGUGAUCGAGGGACACGUAGAUGCCUAUAUUCUCACCAAAGGGAGCACUUUCAAAUGGGAUACCUGCGGACCUCAAGCUAUUCUGAAAUCUCUCGGGGGAGGCAUCGUCGACUACCAAAAGUGGAAGUCAUCGAGCACCGACGCAGAGAACGGAAAUUUUCUGGCGAGCGCUGGUCUGAAGUAUGAUAAACCCGAUUCCGAGGAACCUGUAUCGGAAGGUCAGAAGUGGAGUAACUCAGGAGGUAUAAUUGCUUACAUAGAUGCGGAAGUGCUGAAAAAGAUUCAUGGUGCCUCGCAAGAUUGAAAACCCCAGAUUGAAAGUCCAAGAUUGAAAACCCAAGAGAAGAUAAAGUAUGUGAGUUGUGACAUGUGUAUGUGUCUUUCAGUGGUAGGUAUGACUAAUACGUUACAUGCAGCUAGGACUCAAAUACGCACUUAGUUCUCCUACAGGGCACAACAGAUUUUAAAAUGGGUAAAUUAUCCCCCUUAUUAAAGAGAACUGACAAGCAUAAAGAGACACAGGUAUAGACACAGUUAAUACAAAUGCCAAUCCGUAGUUUACCCCCCCCCCCCCCAAGAAAAAACAACUAUUUACAAUGUAUUUCCCCUGGGGUACUGGCAAAUCCAUUUCACCAAAUUCAAACAAAAAGGAACCAAAUACCAGUGCUUGCCGGGCUGCUGAGAACUAUGCAUUUUUUUUCUUGCUUUAAAAAUCAUCGCAAGGAGCAGGAAUUCUUUACAAUUACAUGCAUUCAUAAUGGCGUGAAAUGCAAUUUAAACUCAGUGAAGUUUGUUCAAUAGGGGGAUCCAAAGAUGCUGCAUAAUUCAGUUUUAAUAUUCAAUUUUUAUUUUAGCUGCAUUCCAAAGUAUUAUAUAAAUUCAGAAUCAACUCAUCUAUUUGUAUUAGAAGUU